AUGACGGGAAGCUUAGCAAAAGCACCCUCACUAAGUAGCCGAUUUCCCUCUUACAAACGCAUUAGCGAUAGUGUCCUGCACAUUCAAUUUGCCUUAGCGAUGAAGAAAGCCAAAAGGUAUUCAAGCUUCUUUAGCUUCUUGGAGACAAAUAUUCAACCAAUUUGUGUUGUAUCCACAUAG